GGCUUUGUACGGAGAAUUGUGUGCAAACCUAUUAUUUUCAUGUCAAAUAUGUUCGAAAGAAAAAAUUAGUCCAAUAUGGUGCCAAGAAUGUAGUGUUAAAUACCUUGUGAAUAAUUUUAAUAAUUGGACUAGUGGAGAUCAAGUAAUUGAUAACGCUAUAAAAGAUAUACAAACAAAAUCAAAAAUCCCUAUCGAUUUCGUGGAAUGGAUUCCAUAUGAACAAUUAGAAAAGGGUGGAGAGAUUGGUAGUGGCGGAUUUGGAAAUAUUUAUAAUGCUUUUUGGAAACAGGGUCCAAUCUCUAUGCAUGGGGGUGAGUUCAAAAGAACAAGAGGAAUUAAAGUGGCAUUAAAAAGACUAAAAAGUGACUCUUUUCUAAAUGAUGACAUUGAAAAUUAUAAGAAUGAGCUUUGUAUGCAUAUAAAUUGCUGUACAAAUUUAAAUAUUUACACAACUGGAGCUGAAUUCAAAACUGGAAGAUCACCAAUUCUUCGUUGUUAUGGUCUUACUAAAGAUAAUGAAGGAUACAUGCUUGAAUUUAAGACUGCUGAUAAAGUACAAAAUAUUCAAAAGAUACAAAAUAAUAGUCCAAAAUUUCCAGAUAAUAUCAGUCCAGAAUUUCCAGAUAAUACUAAUCCAGAAUUUUCAGACAAACAAAAUUGUAUUGAGAACAAUACAAAUUCGAAAUUAACAACAGACCAAUUUCAAGAUUCAACUUGCAUGGAUUUAGAAGUUGAAUGA